UCUUAUUUCAGGCUGGCGCAUAAAAAAAGUCUACAGAAAUGGCCCAGGAACAUGUUCGUGGUGCGAUAGAUCCUCCUUGCCCAAGGCAUCCUAAAAGUGAAGCUAUAUUUGUAUGUCUCGAAAACGAAUGCGAGGAAGCACUAGCUUGUCCCGAAUGCAUUGUAGGGGAUGGGGAUCACAAUAAACAUGAAAUAACUUUACUGAAGAAUCACUUGGAUACCUUUAAGAAAAAAAUCACUGACUUUAAAACAAAUACUAGAGAACAAAUACUUGCUCCAUUGAAAGAAAUGGUAGACAAAGUAGCAGACGAGCUAGAAACAUUGGAUCCUGCUACGUCAACUAUCCUCGAAGAAAUCGACGCAAGGGGGAAACAAAUUAUUGAUCGAACAAACACAUUAGUAACGGAACUUAAAGCAAAAUGUAGCCAAAUCGGAGCUUCCAAUCGACAGAUGAUUGAGCAAUAUCAAAGAAGGCUCUUGGAUAAGAUCACCGAAAUCGAGGCUGAUAUCACUGCGCUUGACAAUUUCCUUUCUGCUGAUUGUAAGGCAGAUAUUGUCAAUGGAGCAAAAACAGCACUAUGCAAGAAGUACCAAGAUUUAUCGUAUCCUGACAAUAUCAAAGAAGUCUCUUUCAAAGGCAGCGAGACCCCCCUGAAUAACGUCGCAACACUUUUAGGGAUAAUUGUGAUUGGAAAUGAACAACCAGUGAGGGCAGAAACCGAUACCGAAAAGAUCAAACGCCUAGAGAAUUCCAUCAAAGACAUGGAAAAAACGGGUAAAGAUUAUCAAGCCCAUAUCGAGAAGUUGCAAGACGCAUUACAGAAUGCAAGGAAAGACGCAGAAACCGAUACCGAAAAGAUCAAACGCCUAGAGAAUUCCAUCAAAGACAUGGAAAAAACGGGUAAAGAUUAUCAAGCCCAUAUCGAGAAGUUGCAAGACGCAUUACAGAAUGCAAGGAAAGAGGCAGAAACCGAUACCGAAAAGAUCAAACGCCUAGAGAAUUCCAUCAAAGACAUGGAAAAAACGGGUAAAGAUUAUCAAGCCCAUAUCGAGAAGUUGCAAGACGCAUUACAGAAUGCAAGGAAAGAGUGUCAAGAUCAUCAAGCCCAUAUCGAAAAGUUGCAAGACGAAUUACAGAAUGCAAGGAAAGAGAAAACAGCUGAUGCACACGAAAAGAAAAAAAUGCAGGACUCUAUUGAUGAUUUGAGAGCAAAAUUAGAACAAAGCAGAAGUGCCAUGCAGCAGUUAACAGAUUGUCAGUCGUGCCAUAAACCAAAGCCGUCUUGUAGAUGUAGGACCUGCCCUAAAUGUCAGUACAAAGGGAAUGACUUCACAUUUGUCCGCUUCUAUGCCCCAUUCGGUUCUAGAAUCACCGAUUAA